AUGAAGAAGAAGGCUGAGGAUGGAAAAUUCUUGAAAUUCAUCACUAUGCUGAAAGAGCUAUCUAUGAACAUUCCAUUGAUAGAAGCAUUGGAGCAAAUCCCAGGGUAUGCAAAGUUCAUGAAAUACCUAGUUACAAAGAAGAGGAAAGUCACUUUCGAUCCCGUUGUUAACUUACACCAUUGUAGUGCUAUUGCUAUAAGGUUAUUGGUUGAAAAUAAGGAGGAUCCAGAAUCAUUCACUACUCCAUGCACUCUCAGUGCAUUCAAUUUUGCAAGGACUUUAUGCGACUUGGGAGCAAGUAUCAAUCUCAUGCCACUUGUGAUCUACAGAGAGUUGGUAUUGGGAGCCUCCAAAUCGACUAUAAUGAGGUUGUUAAUGGCUUGCAUAUUAGUGAAAAAGCCUAUAGGGAUUCUAUAUAAUGUCCUGGUGAGAGUUGACAAGAUCAUAUUCCUUGUUGAUUUUGUCAUCUUUGACUAUGAGGUAGACUUUGAAGUUCCCUCAACAUUAGGAAGGCCAUUUUUGGCCACAGAGCAGAGCUUUGAUGCUGAGGAAGCAGUUAUUGAGGCAUCUAUUGAGGAAAGGUUCACUAUCGAGACUUUGUCUGUUGUGAUCAUGAAUUUUGAGGGUGAUGUCUUAGAGGUGUUCGAUGAGACUGUAAAUGCUUUGUAA